AUGCCAUCAUCGCCGACCAAGAAGACGCCCGUCAAGUUCGCGCGCCGCACGUCGAGCGGCCACGUCGUCAGCCUGUCACGCGACGAGGACGUUGAUGUCGCCGGCGAGUUCAUCUCCUCCGGUGGCCCCAAUGACUACGCCAACUACACUGUCCACAUGCCUCCCACACCAGACAAUCAGCCUUAUAACGCCGCCGCCGCCGGAGUCAGCGGCGGCCCUUCCUGUAAGCCCGACGACCUCCCAGCUCCGCCAUACAGGAAGCGAGCGACCCGACUGAGCAAGGACGAGGGGGACUUCGUCGGAGGCGGCGGAGGAGGUGAUGCGUCCGGGAAGUUGGACCGCCGGGUUUCGGUCAUGAAGUCGCCGAACAAUAAGUCGAUGUUGCUAAGGAGUCAGACGUCGGAUUUCGACCACAAUCGGUGGCUGUUCGAGACCAAGGGCACUUACGGGAUCGGAAACGCCUUCUGGUCCAAAGACGAGGUAGAGUACGACGAGGAGGGCGAGCCGAUGAGGAUGACGGACUUCUUGGAGAAGCCAUGGAAGCCUCUCACCAGGAAGGUGCAAGUCUCGCCGGGCAUUCUCAGUCCCUACAGGCUUCUAGUGGUGGUACGAUUUGUGUUCUUGAUUCUUUUCCUCUCGUGGCGGGUUCGAAACCCAAACCCGGACGCGAUGUGGCUGUGGGGUUUGUCCAUUGUGUGCGAGAUCUGGUUCGCCUUCUCAUGGUUGCUGGACCAAUUGCCGAAGCUCAAUCCCAUCAACCGUGUGGCCGACCUCGCCGCCCUCCGCGAGAAGUUUGACAUGCCGUCGCCGACGAACCCCCUCGGCCGAUCCGACCUUCCUGGCCUCGACGUCUUCAUAUCCACCGCCGACCCGGAAAAGGAGCCACCGCUGGUCACUGGAAACACGAUCCUUUCAAUUCUCGCCACCGAGUACCCUGUCGAGAAGCUCUCUGUUUACGUUUCCGAUGACGGCGGGGCGCUGCUCACCUUCGAGGCCAUGUCGGAGGCUGCAUCCUUCGCCCAAGUUUGGGUCCCCUUCUGCCGCAAGCACAACAUCGAGCCGCGCAACCCGGAUAGCUACUUCGGCAUCAAGCGCGACCCGACCAAGAACAAGAAGCUGCCGGACUUCGUCAAGGAUCGCCGUUGGAUCAAGCGGGAGUACGAUGAGUUCAAGGUCCGCAUCAAUGGCCUUCCCGACGCCAUCCGGCGCCGCUCCGAGGUCCUAAAUGCCCGCGAGCGGAAGCUUGCUCGCCAGCGCAGCGGUGGCAGCGAGGAGGGUUCUACGGCCGCUGCAGUCGAUUCCAAGUCUCCUCCCGCGGCCACUUGGAUGGCCGACUCUACGCACUGGCCGGGCACUUGGGCGGCUCCUUCGCCAGAUCAUUCCAAGGGCGACCAUGCUGGCAUCCUCCAGGUGAUGAUCAACACUCCCCAUCACGAGCCAGUCUACGGUUUUCCGGGCGAGCACCCGUACCUCGACUUCACGGGCAUCGACACCCGCCUACCGAUGUUUGGGUACGUCUCCCGCGAGAAGCGCCCAGGAUACGACCAUAACAAGAAGGCCGGCGCCAUGAAUGCCAUGGUGCGCGCCUCAGCCAUCCUCUCCAACGGCCCCUUCAUCCUCAACUUCGACUGCGACCAUUACAUCUACAACUCGUUUGCCAUCAGGGAGGGCAUGUGCUACAUGAUGGACCGUGGCGGCGACCGCGUCUGCUACGUCCAGUUCCCGCAGCGCUUCGAGGGCAUCGACCCCUCCGAUCGCUACGCCAACCACAACACCGUCUUCUUCGACGGCAACAUGCGCGCCCUAGACGGUCUCCAAGGCCCCAUGUACGUCGGCACCGGCUGCCUUUUCCGCCGCUACGCGCUCUACGGAUUCAACCCCCCGCGCGCCAAUGAGUACACGGGACUCUACGGCCAGAACAAGCGUCCAGCGCCGCCGCCGCCUGAACCGCCCAAUUCGGGGAGCUUGGGCGAGGAGGCACAGUCGAUGGCCACGCACCCGGACCUCAUCACGCCGAUUAAAUUUGGCAACUCCAAAAUGUUCAUCGAUUCCAUUGCAGUGGCUGAGUUUCAAGGCCGCCCCUUGGCCGACCACCCAGGUAUCAAGAACGGUCGCCCGCCCGGUGCCUUGCUGGAGCCACGCCCAACCCUCGACGCGGCCACCCUCGCGGAGGCUGUUUCCGUCAUCUCCUGCUGGUACGAGGAUAAAUCAGAGUGGGGGGAGAGGAUUGGGUGGAUCUACGGAUCCGUGACAGAGGACGUGGUGACGGGCUACAGGAUGCAUAAUCGCGGUUGGCGGUCGAUCUACUGCAUCACCAAGCGCGACGCCUUCCGAGGAACAGCGCCGAUCAACCUCACCGACCGGCUACACCAAGUGCUGCGAUGGGCGACUGGCUCCGUGGAGAUCUUCUUCUCGCGCAACAACGCCUUCCUCGCCUCGUCGCGCCUCAAAUUUCUGCAGCGCAUCUCCUACCUCAACGUCGGCAUCUACCCCUUCACCUCCAUCUUCCUCCUCACCUACUGCUUCCUCCCGGCGCUCUCCCUCUUCAGCGGCACCUUCAUCGUGCAGACCCUAAACAUGACCUUCCUCAUCUACCUCCUCCUCAUCACCACCACGCUCAUCCUGCUAUCCUUGCUGGAGGUGAAGUGGUCCGGGAUCGCAUUAGAAGAGUGGUGGAGGAACGAGCAAUUCUGGGCCAUCGGCGGCACGAGCGCGCAUCUAGCGGCGGUGUUGCAGGGACUGCUCAAGGUGAUCGCCGGCAUCGAGAUCUCCUUCACGCUAACCUCCAAGUCGGCGAACGAGGACGAAGACGACAUCUACGCCGACUUGUACGUGGUCAAGUGGACAAGCCUCUUCAUCCCGCCGCUCACCAUCAUCGUGGUGAACCUGGUGGCCAUGGUGAUCGGCGUGUCGAGGACGGUGUACAGCGAGAUCCCGCAGUGGAGCAAACUGCUUGGUGGGCUCUUCUUCAGCUUCUGGGUGUUGGCCCAUAUGUAUCCCUUCGCGAAGGGCCUUAUGGGCCGAAGAGGGAGGACCCCCACCAUCAUCUGGGUUUGGGCCGGAAUCGUCUCCAUCACGGUGUCGCUCUUGUGGAUCUCGAUCAACCCGCCAGAUGGCAGCCCGACCGGUGAGAUCGACGUGUGAAAUUCGCAAUUGGAACACGCACACAAGUUGAAUGACAUAAUUUCUGCGCCACUCAAGUGAAUAGAUAGCUGUAAAUUUCUUACAUGUAAUGUUUCAAAUUUGUUCAU